AUGUCUGGAAUAAGUAUGAGUUUUUUAGGGAUGAGAAGAAAAAGAGAUGAAAUUCCAACAAUAGGUGUGGAUCCAAAUAACCCUGAGCAGGUUUAUCAAAGCACGGUUAAAAUUAAGGCCGUGAGAAACAUUGCAAAAGAAAAAUUUGGAGUGGUCCCCAAAGUCACGGAUGUAGGUGCAAAGUAUCUUCAAAAAAUUGUUGAGGGUGAUCAUGAGGGAGCCAAGAGGACUUUCGAGAAGUUUCCCAGAGCGGGAUCACGUGACGUAUUUCGGGGAAUUUCCCAACUGAAUUGGCCAGACUUUUGA